AUGCAUUACGCGGCGACUGCGAGAAUGAUGGCGGAAUGCGUCGGAUCGGCGCUCGCCGAAGAUUUCGCGGACGCCUCUAUCAAGGAGGUGUUGGCCGCGGAAUUACCGGCGGCCAACUCGCAGCCGUUCAACGCCGGGGAGGGCAAGGGCUGGGCGGAGUUCAAGGUAACUCCUGCCCACCGUGCCCUGGCCCUCCGCGUUCAGGGCCGCGCACAGGACUCGCGCAUGUCUUGCGAUCCGUCGCGGGGCCCAUGGCUUCGGGGGGGCGCUGCGCAGGGCGCUGCCCCGGGCCCCGCGAGCAGCGGCGACCUCGCGAAGGCGACGGGCGCGAUGGCAGAAUAUGCUCAAGCGUCGCGCGAGCAGAUGGAUAAGGAGAAGAAGACCGAUCAUUUGUCCUUUACGCUCCAGGAGCGGAUCAGGGAGGUCGGGCUCGACGCCUUUCCAGGCGAGGCCCUCCCGACGGAGGAGGCCAUGCUUCGUUUCGAAAAGCUCGCGAAGGCGCCGCCGGCAGAGCGCGCGCCGGGCGAGCGCGGCGCGGCGUGCGCGGCACAGGCCGCGGCAGCCAAUGGCCGGCGUUAUUUGGGGAGCGCCGAGUGCGAAGACUUGCAGUUGAAUUUCAUGCCGCCAUGGAGCCGCGUGCCAGAUCUGGGCAUGGUCUUGCCCAGGGGCUCGGCAGAGAGCCGCGCCAAAGAGGUCGCGGCGGCCAAGCGGGCGGCCAUGGCGACGACUGGCGUGGACUUCGCGUCAUAUGCCGAUUUCCAG